CAGCAGCAGUGGAGCUGUGAGUCUCGAAAGGGCCUGGUCGGAAUCACCGCUCGGCUUUAACUCGUAUUCAGAUUAGUCAUGGAGAUACAGAACCCAGCUUCAUCAUCCAGAUUUUGAAGAACAACAUUCACAUUUAUAAGGACGACUGCUUUAUCUCUUAAUAAUUUACGAGAAAUAAUUUUUUUUUGUUCCGAUCAGUUUGAUUUGGUUGUUGGCACCGUUGUAGGCCUUAUCAUGGUGCAGAAGUAUCAGUCCCCUGUGAGGGUGUACAAACAUCCUUUUGAGCUGGUCAUGGCGGCAUAUGAGAGGAGAUUUCCCACCUGUCAUCUGAUCCCCAUGUUUGUGGACAGUGAUGUGAUUAGUGAGGAGAACAGUGAGGAUGGAUCCACUCAUAAGAUUGAGAGGAGAUGUAAACUCGAUGUUGAUGCACCACGGCUCCUCAAAAGGAUUGCUGGUGUGGACUACAUCUACUUCAUUCAGAAGAACUCUCUGAACCGCAAAGAAAGAACUCUUCACAUUGAGUCCCACAAUGAAACCUUCUCCAACAGAGUCAUCAUCCAUGAACUAUGUUGUUACUCGGUUCACCCAGAAAAUGAGGAAUGGACAUGUUUUGAACAAUCUGCCAGUCUGGACAUCAAAUCUUUCUUUGGUUUUGAGAGCACAGUGGAGAAGAUCGCCAUGAAACAAUAUGCCAGCAGCAUCAAAAAGGGUAAGGAGAUUAUUGAAUACUACCUGAGGGAGCUGGAGGAGGAGGGUAUUACCCAUGUACCCCAUUGGAGCCCCUGCCCAGCAUCACCCACAAAGCCCAUGGUGCCAGUUGUUCGCCCCACGCUGCCCAUCACUCCCCUAAUCACAAUUGAAGCCCCUGCUGAGAGUGUGAAUGAGAACCAGGUGUGUAAAGAGGGCAGCAGUCCUCCAGGCAGCCUGAAUGAUGCCCUUGCAGCCACUACGGAUGAUAAACUGGAUGCAGACUACAUCAAACGUUACCUGGGUGACCUCACACCCCUACAGGAGAGCUGUCUCAUUCGCCUGCGUCUCUGGCUACAGGAGACACACAAGGGCAAGAUCCCAAAAGAUGAGCAUAUCCUGCGGUUUCUGCGUGCACGGGACUUCAACAUAGAUAAGGCACGGGAAAUCAUGUGUCAGAGUCUGACAUGGAGGAAGCAGCAUCAAGUGGACUACCUGCUGGACACCUGGAGCUCUCCACAAGUGUUGCACGAUUACUACACUGGUGGCUGGCACCACCAUGACAAGGAUGGACGUCCUCUGUAUAUCCUACGUCUUGGACAUAUGGACACUAAAGGACUGGUUCGGGCACUGGGAGAAGAAUCUCUGCUCAGACAUGUGCUGUCCAUCAAUGAGGAGGGUCUGAGACGCUGUGAGGAGAACACCAAAGUUUUUGGUCGGCCAAUUAGUUGCUGGACGUGUCUGGUGGAUCUUGAGGGGCUCAAUAUGAGACAUUUAUGGCGUCCUGGAGUCAAAGCUCUGCUGAGAAUUAUUGAGGUGGUGGAGGCCAAUUACCCAGAGACUCUGGGCCGUCUGCUCAUCCUCAGAGCUCCCAGGGUUUUUCCUGUUCUAUGGACUCUGGUGAGCCCUUUCAUUGAUGAGAAUACACGAAAGAAGUUUCUCAUCUAUGCAGGAAAUGACUACCAGGGUCCUGGAGGUCUUGUGGACUACAUUGAUAAAGAGAUCAUUCCUGACUUCCUUGGAGGAGAAUGUAUGUGUGAAGUGCCAGAGGGCGGCCUGGUGCCUAAGUCUCUAUACAGAACCGCAGAGGAACUAGAGAAUGAUGAGAUUAGACUGUGGACUGAGACGAUUUAUCAGAGCGCAAGCAUCUUCAAAGGAGCACCACAUGAGCUACUGAUUGAGAUAAUUGAUGCAUCCUCAGUCAUCACUUGGGACUUUGAUGUAUGUAAGGGUGAUGUGGUGUUCAAUAUCUACCACUCUAAACGAGCUCCACAGCCACCAAAGAAAGAUCCCCUGGUUGCCCAUGGCAUCACAUCACCUGCAGGCAACAAUGUGCAACUAAUAGAUAAAUCCUGGCUUCUGGGACAGGACUACAGCAUGGUGGAGUCACCCCUCACUUGCAAAGAGGGAGAAAGUGUGCAGGGUUCCCAUGUGACACGAUGGCCAGGUUUCUAUAUUCUGCAGUGGAAGUUCCAUUCUAUGCCAGCGUGUGCCACCACCAACCUGCCCCGUGUGGAUGAUGUUCUGGCUACUCUGCAGGUGUCCUCUCACAAGUGUAAAGUCAUGUACUACACUGAAGUGCUGGGCUCAGAGGACUUUAGAACGGCUUGCUGCGAUGUGCAGAGUUUGGGCUCGAUGACCAGUCUGGAGUCCAGCCACAGUGGUUUCUCCCAGCUUAGUGCUGCCACCACAUCCUCCAGCCAAUCACAGUCCAGCUCCAUGAUCUCCAGGUAGAUCAGCAGGAGAUUCAGCAUCUGCAAUGUUCUUCAACCCUCUUGUAUCGCAGGACUCAAUUCUUAAUCAACCCAAUGACUUUCCAACCUCUCUCAUCUACCCCAAACACUGUAUCACUCCAUUUCAUGGACCUAAAACAUGCUUGCACAACUAAAGGGAGUGUAAGCAAACAUCCUUAUUUCUAAGGAUUUUGGUGGUGGUAGUUGUUUUUCAAAGGGCUUGGAUUUUCUUUGCCAUAGCGCUCAGCUGGGAUGCAAGUCAGUUCACAGGCAGAUUGUUAUUUUUAAUGUGUGAGUUUCCAAAUAUCCUUGCACUUCACAAUGCAUUUGUAUGUUUCCCAUGGACUGCAGGCUGAACUAAGCAAUACAUGUUCUUCAGAUUGGGGAUUAGCCUAAAAUGAAGAAACUGAAUGCGCACACACAUGCCCCAAUACACACAUACACAUCUCAAAAAUUGCACAUACAUUCAUGGAUACAUAUAUGCACUUAGUUCUGCCAUAUCACCUGGAGUUUGUCCUCUUGGUGAAUUGUUUUUUAGGUCAGUGGGUGGGCUUCUGCAAUAACUUAGGAGAAUUUGUAGUAUUUGAAUUCGUAUUUAUCAUGAAAAACGUUUAAAGAGACUUGGUAAGUCUUCUUGGGUGCUACAUACUAGUUUCCUCAUUGUUAGUAAGUGGCUAGACUUGCAGUUUGAACACUUGAGUUCAAGUGUAUAUUGAUAUAUAGUGAUUACUACUUGUGUUAGCUUAAAUUUAGAUUUUACUUUAUGGAAACAAACGCCUUGAUAUCGAACCUCAGACUUGCUGCUGAUCAGUUCCUAUGCAGUCAGCCAAUCAGUGGUCUUGGAGUUGUCAAUUAUAUUAAUAGGUCAAACAUUUUUGAAUGAUGCGUACUGUAGGAGAGGCAGUGUGAAUUUGGUAGUGAAUCUUAUCAUUGAUCCUAUUGUCCCACAGAAUAGGGCUUUUUUUUAUUAUUAUUCUAUUCAAUUUUCAUGGUUCUGUAUUUCAAAAGAGAUAUAUAUAUAUAUAUAUUUUUUUUUUAUUAUUAUUAUUGUUUUUGUUUUUAUCUUGUCUCUUUUGCCUUGGUGGUUUCUAUAAGCAAAGACUUGAAAUGGAGUAAAGUUAUACAAUGCUUUGAAGCUUGCUCUCAGAACUCUGUCAAUGCAUAAAUAAUCUGUGUUAAUUUGAGAAUAGUAAACAAAAUAAUUGUCUCAAUAAUUUGAACAUGGUUAUUAACAUCCACAAUGCUGUCUCAUGCUUACAGUCCUUAGAUAAUGCAUGUGUGCAUCCAUGUAAAAUUGACUUGAGGGUGGUGGAUGCACUCAUAAACACCAUUCAUUCACACCAUUUAUUCACACCAGCUGUUUGGAAGCAGAAUAAUGCAUUACCCCAUUAGUCUAAAGAUGCUUCCCCUAAUACAAAUCUCAUACAGCACACUUUAGGGAAAAGGAGUGCAGGGAGUACUGGUUUGUCUUGGAUGCCCUUAUUAAACUGCAAAUUUACACUACCAAGAAAAGCAAAAAGCAAACUUGGAGAAGCGUGUUAAACCCCACCCUAUUGCUAUUGUAAUAACCAGAUUGUUACAUUGAACAACAAUUUGUUUUUAUAUUCUGUUUUUGUAAUGUUAAACUUACUAUUAUAUAGUGAUAAAAUACUAGUGUCCUGAAAGUCUAGGUACUCCAAAAACAAAAUAAGGGCAUCCAAAAAUCUAAAUAGACAGGUGGUAUGCAGUUUUUUUCCCCUGCAUCCAUGCCUGAUGUAAAGAAAAAAGAGGAGGAACAAGUUAUCCUGAAACUUUGUUUGGGGUUGAAAAAUAAAUAUCUUGUCAUUAAAACAUUAUAGGAUUAUUGUUCAUUAAAUGUUUUCAUUGUGGUGUAUCUAUAACUUUAAAUGCUAUUUGAAUGACAAGGUUAGCCCAAUGUCAUGGUAUCAAAUCACAACAAGAAUGUGAACUGCUUAACAUUCGUAAAGCACAUAUUCUGAACCAUGUAUCUUUUGAUAUAAAGCCAUCUUAAUUUUUUCUAAAGCUGCAGUCAGGUAGGAUUUUCAGGGUUUACGGAAUUUCAAAUUUAAGGGUGUUUAACCAUGCACGGGUUAGUACGCUGUUUUUAAGUUUAGUUAUUAGAACAAAGUGAGAAUUCUAUUUACAGUACUUUUUAAAAUCUUUAACAAAUGUUAUGUUUUAAUAUUGCAAAAAGAAAGGGUGUGUCAAAUGUAAUCAUGUGAUGCUAUAACGAGAUGAGAGUGGAGUGAUUUUGUAUGUCUGAAUGUGUGGCAAUUGUACUGAACCUUGUUUUACAUGUUUAUUUUAUUUAUUUUUAUUCACUUAUCUGUUUCAGCCAUCUAAUGCAGCAUCACUGCUAACAUUAUUAUUUGUGUUUGUGACUUGUGGGCUAAAUGAGACCCCUGAUAUUGCGAUAUACAAGCAUUUCUGCAGUUAAUAUAUCAUAGGCCCCAAGCAAGGCCCACUGAUGUGUCCAAAAGCUCUUUCAUAUACACAAACUUUAGUCUUACUUACACACCCGCAACCCUCAAUUGAAUAGACCAGUGUGUUUGUAAAGUAAAUGUAGGGGCUUUUACACCCACCCAGCAUCCCGGGAACUAAUGCCAGCAUUCCCAUUUUUUCAUUUAAAUUUAGAAAAAGAAUAAACUGGCCAAACAAACUGUACUAAAAUGCAGAAUUUUGUGUUUGGUUCUUUUUAAAUUGACGAUCUUCACAGAAUCUCAGCUUUCUAUGUAAUGAUGUUGCUUUGCAUAAAAACCAACCAAUGUUUGAAUAUCUCCAACUGUUUGUGUGGGUUCAUCUGUGUAUGAGGGCUAAUAACUAUUUGUCUGUUGUUUUUUUUCCCUCUGCUUGUAUUCUCUUUUCUGAGAUGUUACAUAUCUGUUUUUCCUCUUGACAAAUUAUGCAUGUGAAAAGAAAAUGUUGAAAAAAAAGCUACAACCUUAAUUCAAGUUUAAUAAAUUCAAAUAAAUGUGAA